GCCACACAAGACCGAUACUUGAAGGAAGUGUUGAGCCAGCAGCCGCGGAUAGUUCGGCGAAAAUAGAAUAUCUCAGUGUACGUACAAAUUUCCCGACGCCUCUCGCUGCUGUUGCAGGAAUAAACUCGGUGGAAGCGUGUCUAAUCUUACGCUGCGGAUAUAGCAACUCUACCCCUCCGCUUGUCAGACGUUUUCUCUGUUCCCGAGUGUAAGUGACUUCAUCUUGAUCCGAAUUUUGAAUGGCGGCAUUGCUUCCCCCACUUAGAGUCAGAUCUGCACCUGAUACAUGUUUCGAGUGUAACCCACUUGACUGGUCAUUCCUCGCAGCCUGAGCGCAUCCCUGAUUCAAUUUCAGACCUGACAGUCUUUGCGCGCAUCUUUGGAUGAAUUUCCGGAGUCACUUCAUUAACACAACGGAAACAGACACUUCUUUUCACAUUUGUCAGGAAUCAAUUAUACCAUCGCAAAAUGGGUUGUAUGAGUUCGAAGCCCGUAGAUGCGGGAGAUAAAGAAGCCCUCCAACGGAAUGUGAGGAUAGAGAAGGCGCUCAAAAAUGACAAGAAAGUGAUGGACAGAACGAUCAAAAUUCUUCUCCUUGGUGCGGGAGAGUCCGGCAAGUCAACAAUCAUCAAACAGAUGCGCAUCAUCCACUCGGGAGGAUUUCCUGAAGACGAACGAAUUCAGACUCGGGCGGUAAUCUACUCGAACCUGAUUAUCGCCUUCAAAGUUCUAUUGGAAAUUAUGCGUACAGAGAGCAUUGAUUAUCAACUUGAAACAACUAAGUCGCUGGGUGAAUUUAUUGACAAUCUGGAGCCGGAUGUGGGCUCCGAUGAAGCAUUCUCGGAUUUGAAAGUUCGUGAUGCUUUGAGGGAUAUUUGGGACGAUUCAGGCGUUCAGAAGGCAGUGGCUCGAGGACAUGAAUUUGCGCUUCAUGAUAACCUACACUACUUUUUCGAAUCCCUUGACCGGAUAUUUACUCCCGGUUGGCUCCCCGACAAUCAGGACAUGCUACAAGCUCGGUUGCGAACGACAGGAAUAACGGAAACUCUCUUCGAACUCGGUCAGAUGAACUUUCGGAUGAUGGAUGUUGGCGGACAACGAUCCGAGCGCAAGAAAUGGAUUCACUGCUUCGAGGGUGUGCAAUGCCUCUUGUUCAUGGUUGCCUUAUCAGGAUACGAUCAAUGUCUUGUUGAGGAUCAGAAUGCCAACCAAAUGCAUGAGGCAAUGAUGCUAUUUGAAUCACUUGUGAAUGGCGAGUGGUUCAAGCGCAAGCCCAUCAUUCUCUUCUUGAACAAGAUUGAUCUCUUCAAGGGGAAACUUCAAGUUUCGCCUGUCUCUAAUCAUUUCCCCGACUACAACGGUUCGAACACCGACUUCGAUGCAGCAGCAAGAUACUUCGCCGACCGCUUCCGAGGCAUCAAUCGGAUUCCAGACCGCGAGAUUUACAUCCACUAUACAAACGCCACCGAUACCACUUUAUUGAAAGCUACCAUGGAUUCCGUGCAAGACAUGAUAAUCCAGAAGAAUCUCCAUACCUUAAUACUCUAAGGUAUCACUAGGCAUGACUAAUAUCUAAUGAAACAUUCUUGCGGCCGUGGGAUCUCCAUCUCCCACGAGAUAUUAUUGAUAUUACCUUAGCAGCAUUACUUGUGCUGUCCGCAACUGCUCGACGCCAUUCUCUUCCCUUGUCAUUCUCAAGAUCGUCCUUGGCUCGCUUGGAUGACUUUCUUAUCACCACGCUCUUCUCUACUGAAAAAAGCACGCAUCUCAUCUUCGAUUCAGCGGCGUGAAUCUCCUUUCUAAUGCAGAUUGAUACCAUAUACCACAUAGUUGUGUCUGUGUCUGCGUCCUUAGCAACACCUUAUGAUUUCGUUUGGCCUUUAUUUCCAAUGCUUGGCCUCUCAUUGGGUUCAUCGGUCCCAUCUCUUUCUUCAAUGUAUCUACUUCAUUCUCUUAUUCAGUGUUACAUAAAGGACAACAUUUUUUUGUUGAGUUG